AAUAAUAAAUUGCAUUUAAUUCGUAUAAUCGUAAUAAAUCGUACAAAAAGUAUAUUUCGCGUGGUAAAGUACGGUUUAAUUUAUAUAAAAAUAUCUAAUAGUUAAGUUUUUUGCUCAAAGAGCAUUCAACUUGGCCUUUUUUGUCCGCUUGCAACGGACUUGGCCAAACUGGAAGAGUAUUGCACUUGUCGCAGAAAUGCGGGAAUUUAAGGUUGUCGUCUUAGGCUCUGGUGGUGUGGGUAAAUCUGCUCUUACCGUGCAAUUUGUUUCAGGAUGCUUUAUUGAGAAAUAUGAUCCCACAAUUGAAGAUUUUUACCGAAAGGAGAUUGAGGUUGAUAAUUCUCCUUGCGUUUUGGAAAUUUUAGAUACUGCUGGAACAGAGCAGUUUGCAUCAAUGAGAGAUUUAUAUAUAAAAAAUGGACAUGGAUUUAUUGUAAUGUAUUCAUUGACAAACCAUCAAACCUUUCAGGAUAUUUCAAGCAUGAAAAAUGUAAUAACUCGUGUAAAAGGAAGUCAGCCAGCACCAAUUUUACUAGUCGCCAAUAAAUUUGACUUAGAUUGCCAAAGAGAGGUUUCAACAGCUGAAGGAAACGCUUUAGCACAAUUAUGGGAAUGUCCGUUUAUUGAAGCAUCCGCAAAGGAUAGAAUAAAUGUAAAUGAAGUCUUUGCAACCAUAGUCCGAGAAAUGAAUAUUACACAAGAAAAGCGCCAGAAAAAAACAUACUGCUGUUGUACACUUUUAUAGAAAUUUUAAACAAUUUUUUAAAUGUAAUAUUAGCAAAAAGGAGUAUAUUUGUAUAUGCCAAUUAUAUAGAUGAUAAAAUUAUGUAUAACCGAACUUAUUACAUCUUAAUAAUGUAAAGAGUAAUAAUAAAUUUAAUAUUUUUUAUUAAAAAAAAAAUUUUAAAAAAAAUAUAUAUAUAAUAAAUAAAAGUAAAUAUAUUAGUAUAUAUAUACUUUUAUGAAUAAUAAAUAAAUAAAUAAGAAUGUAUCACUAAUUUUAAAGAAAAAAAAAAGUUUUAUACUCUAUAUAGUAUUUAUAAUUUU